AUGGAGAAGCUAGUAUAUGCCCUGGUACAUGCGACCCCAAAACUACGACCUUACUUACAGGCUCAUAAGGUAGAAGUUAGGACGACAUACCCUCUCUGGCAGAUUAUGCAUAAGCCAGAGGUGACAGGCAGAAUGAUGAAGUGGGCAAUAGAGUUGGGACAAUUCGACCUAGACUACAAACCGAGGACCGCCAUCAAGGGACAGGCCCUAGCAGAUUUCAUCUUGGAAUUCCCUGAGGAUGGGGAGAAGUCUGGGCUCCUGAUUAAAUAUGAUCCCAACCUACCACCACAGCAGACAUACCCUAAAGAAAACAUACCCGAGCUCUGGUGGAUAUUGCACACCGAUGGGGCCGUAAAUAAUGAAGGAGCAGGAGCCGGGAUAGUGUUGGUAAGUCCGGAAGGACACAGACUUUUGAAUGCAAUUCACUUUACCUUCCAUCUCUCUAACAACGAUGCAGAGUAUGAAGCCCUGAUUAGAGGGUUAAGGCUAGCCCUUGAAAUGAAGGUUAAAAAGCUUGUUGUAAAAGUCGACUCCAUGUUGGUGGUCGAGCAUAUCAAAGGGGGAUACCAACCGAAAGGACCUAAAACGACCAUAUAUCUCAGAUGUGUCCAGGGAUUGUUGGACCAGUUUGAAGAGGUGCAAGUGAACAAGGAGAUACCUAACAUCCCCAAGCAUGAAGUACCUGAUAUAGAAGAUAAGGAUGAGAAUCCAACAUGGAUGACCCCGAUUUGGAAUUUCAUCAGGGAGGGCAAGUUGCCCGAAGAUAAGGCCGAAGCCCGAAAAUUGAAAUACAAGGCUGCUAGGUACGUAGAAUAUGAUGGGAAGUUGUAUAAGAGAGGCUUUAACCAGCCACUGCUCAAAUGUAUAGAUGGAGAGGAGUGCACCUAUGUGAUGAGGGAGGUCCAUGAAGGCAUAUGUGGAAACAACUCGGGAGGUAACUCUCUGGCCAUGAAAAUUUUUAGACAGGGCCCAGCCACAUCCUUAACCGCCAUGACCAGUCCUUGGCCUUUCGCCAUGUGGGGCAUAGAUUUGAUCGGGGUACUCCCUAAAGCCAACGGAGGAGUGAAGUUUGGGGUCCCUUACAAGCUGAUUUCGGAUAACGGAAAGCAGUUCGACAGCAAGGAGCUAAGAGGCCAAUGUGAUAACCUUGGCAUCAAGAAGGACUAUGUGGCGGUGUACCACCCCCAAAGCAACAGGCAGAGAGAGGCAGUGAACAAAAUCAUCAAGCAUACUUUAAAGACAAAGUUGGAAGACAACAAAGGAAGCUGGCUAUAA